AUGUCUGGAACUGGCGCCCGCGAGAAUGUAUUCCCGACCCGGAUGAACCUGAACAUAGUCAAGCAGCGUCUCAAGGGGGCCCAGACGGGGCACUCGCUGUUGAAGAAGAAGGUCGAUGCGCUCACCAAGCGGUUCCGGGCGAUUACCCAGAAGAUAGACUCCACCAAGCGCGAGAUGGGCCGGGUCAUGCAACUCGCCGCUUUCAGUCUCGCCGAGGUUUCCUACACCUCCGGGGCCGAUAUCGGCUAUCAGCUGCAGGAAUCCGUCAAGGAGGCCACCUUCAAGGUCUCUACUCAUCAGGAAAACGUCUCCGGUGUCAUCCUACCUACCUUUGGAGUCGAUCGCACUAAGCCGGGAGGAGCUGAACUUACUUUGACCGGCUUGGGUCGUGGUGGCCAGCAAAUAACCAAGGCCAGGGAAAUCUAUGCCAAAGCAACCGAGACGCUUGUCGAACUGGCAUCCCUUCAGACGGCUUUUGUGAUUCUUGACGAGGUUAUCAGGAUGACUAAUCGUCGUGUUAAUGCGUUGGAGCAUGUGGUCAUACCCAAACUAGAGAACACUGUAAAAUAUAUUAACUCGGAACUAGACGAGGGCGACCGGGAAGAUUUCUUCCGAUUAAAGAAAGUCCAGGCGAAGAAGAAAGAACGAACGGCGAUCGCCGAGGCCGAGAAGCGCGAGCGGAUCCAUGCUGGCCAGGUCGACGAGUUCGAUGAUGCCGCCGGGGGAACUGAUCUGCUGGGCGAGCGAGAUGAAGACGUGAUUUUCUGA